CGCGUACUCACCUAACAGGUCACCGCACACCCGAACAAUUCUCUCGCACUAGCCAACGAUCAGUACUAGUUACGUUGUGUAAUGCUGCCACUCUCGCCUUCACCUCCGCACAACGGAUAAUUUUGCACUAUACUACAUCAAUUGAAUGGGUUUAUGAAAAAACGUUUUACAUAAGCCGGCUGCCGGCACGUAAGAUAACAAAAAGAGCUGUUUUAUCGGGAUGCAGUGGUUCGAAACGGCAGUGGACAAUUAAUUAAUUCUAGCGAGUGAGACGAGAAGUGUCGCGGGUGAUAGCCUAACCCUAAUCGAAAGCAGCUGAAAAAAUACAAGAAAACAACAUAAGAAGCACGACAGAUAAAACCAUCGUCCACGUUUAUUAAUUUCUAAAAUGUCAGGAAAAGAAGAAACAGAAAUUAUCGUCUCAGAAGGAGAAACUAUUUCAAAAAAGGCAUUAAAAAAACAGCAGAAAAAGGAGGAAAAACAAUCAAAGAAGAAUUCUGUUGAGACUGAAGCUGUGAACGAUCAGGAAGAUGUGUCAAUAGGAAAGUACGGUCAAGUCAAGAUGAUUCAAAGUGAGCAGUUUCAAGAAGAGAGACAAUUUAUCCAUAUUCGGGAUAUAAACAAUGAUGAUAUGGAGAAGACAAUAUGGAUCAGAGGUAGACUGCAUACAAGCAGAGCAAAAGGGAAGCAAUGCUUCAUUGUAAUUCGAGAGCAGACCCAUUCGAUUCAAGGGCUGGCUGCUGUCAGUGAUCAAAUAAGUAAGCAGAUGGUCAAAUUCAUAUCGUCAGUAACUAAGGAAUCUAUUAUAGAUGUACAAGCCAGAGUAAAGUUCGUAUCCAAGUCAAUAGAAUCUUGUACUCAAAAACAUUUUGAGAUUCAUAUUGAACAAUUCUUUGUUGUGAGUGCUUCUGAAGCACAACUACCACUACAAAUUGAAGAUGCUGCUAGACCAAUCAAUGAAAAUGAUUCAACUUUAAAUAUUAAAGUGAAUCAAGACACAAGGCUAGAUAACAGGAUUUUAGAUUUGAGAACACCAGCAAAUCAAGCUAUUUUCAGGCUUGAAGCUGGUGUUUGCAAAUUAUUCAGAGACAUUUUGGAUGGCAAAGGAUUUGUUGAAAUACAUACUCCUAAAAUUAUUUCUGCUGCCAGUGAAGGUGGAGCUAAUGUUUUUACAGUAUCCUACUUCAAAGGGUCUGCAUAUUUGGCACAGUCUCCACAACUUUAUAAACAAAUGGCUAUUGCAGCUGAUUUUGAGAAAGUGUACACUGUUGGAGCUGUUUUUAGAGCAGAAGAUUCAAACACCCAUAGACAUCUGACUGAGUUUGUUGGUCUUGAUUUAGAAAUGGCUUUUAAAUAUCAUUAUCAUGAAGUGAUGAACACCAUCGGAGAGAUGUUCACAGAGAUAUUCAUAGCUCUAGAAAAUUCUUACAAAACGGAAAUAGAGAUUAUUAAUCAGCAGUAUAAAGUUGAGCCAUUCAAAUUCUUAGUCCCUCCAUUGAAGCUUGAAUUUCCACAGGCAGUUAAACUUUUAAGAGAAGUUGGAGUUGAGAUGGGGGAUGAAGAUGACUUAUCAACACCAAAUGAAAAGCUUCUAGGCAAAAUUGUCAAAGCCAAGUAUGACACUGAUUUUUAUAUUUUGGACAAAUUUCCUUUGGCUCUGAGACCAUUUUACACAAUGCCAGAUCCCAAGAAUCCCAGAGUUUCCAACUCAUAUGACAUGUUUAUUCGUGGAGAAGAAAUCAUUUCCGGUGCACAGAGAAUUCAUGACCCUAAUUUCUUGACUGAGAGAGCAAAACAUCAUGGAAUUGACAUUGAGAAGAUCAAAUCUUACAUUGAUGCAUUCAGAUAUGGUUGUCCACCCCAUGCUGGAGGUGGAAUUGGAAUGGAAAGAGUUGUUAUGUUGUAUCUUGGAUUGGAUAACAUUAGAAAAACUUCUAUGUUCCCACGUGAUCCUAAACGGAUUACUCCUUAAAGAUAUAUAGUUUUAAUCUUAUUAAAACUAUGCUAACUACACUGCACUUUUAAGUUUGUAAAAAUUAUAAUGCAAAUGAAAAAUUGUACUGUAAAAUAUAUGUAGAAACGUUCGAUUGGAAUUUUGUAUUACUACAGAUAAAGUCAUAACGUUUUUAUAUUAAUUAAUUCACCUAUAUUGUUAAUAUUUAAUAUAUUAUACAGUUUUUCAAGUAUGAAAUCCAUGUUUUACUGAAUUUUGUUCCUUGUAAUCCUACACCUUUGCG